GUGGUUACAAUUAUGGCGGAACCCAUGGAAAGCGCGUUCGCAACGGACGUGCAUGGACAUUCAAAGUUGGGAGUUGACUUUGCGGCGGGCAUUGUUGGGGGUGUGCGGGAGUUUUGGCAGGGCAUCCACUGGUAUGCUUUCCGCAAUGUCCAAGAUUUGCGCUUUUAUGUCUGCUCCACUGAAAUGCUCACCGCGGAUAGUUGGUUUUUGUUUCGGGCGUCAUUAGGAUACAAUAAAGUGAGUGUUACCGCGUUUGUGGGAGUAUCUGUCGACAGGCGUGCGGUGAUCCUUACAGUAUGGCCCAUUGUUGCGUUUCAGAGUACGUUUGCAAAGUCAGGCAACGCAAGAGAAGAAAGGGUAUACGGUCUUUACAAAGGCAUGGCGUCCCCGCUAGUUGGAGUGGCGGUAAUAAAUAGUCUUCUCUUUGGCGUGUACGGAUUUUUUCUCCGACACCUCGGACCGGGCGAAAACGCGGUUUGGAGUAUAUUUCUGGCUGGCUCAGCUUCGGGUGCUGUCAAUGCCUUCUUCAGUUGUCCAAUGGAGCUAGUAAAGAUCCGUCUUCAAAAUCAGCGAAGUACUUCUACGCUCCAAGGGCAAAUUCCUAUAUAUAAGGGACCUUUGGAUUGUAUGCGGCAGAUAUAUAGAACCAACGGGUUGAGAGGAUUUUAUCGUGGACUAGCGUGUACAUUGUGGCGGGAAACACCGAGCUAUGGAGCAUAUUUCGCAUCAUAUGAGAUACUGUGCCGAAUGAUGUUGCCUGAGGAUGCACCAACAAAUGAGCCAUCGCCAAAGUUACUGUUCGCGGGAGGCCUUGCUGGUGUGGUCGCAUGGCUGGUUACAUACCCAUUCGAUGUGGUCAAAACCCGCUUGCAGUCCGUCGAACAAGAGACAAAACCACUGUACAAAGGCACGUUUCACUGCAUGCGAACCAUUAUCCGAUCUGAAGGGUGGGGUGUGUUGUUUAGCGGAUGGGGAGCGACAGCUAUUCGCGCGUUCCCAACCAACGCAGCAACAUUUUAUGCGGUAUGCUGGGCAAAGAAUAUUUUAAACAAUCUUGGAUCGGACGACGGAUAGAUGUGAUGGUGCAGUAUUUGAAAUAUCACUGCAUCAUGUGGGGAUCGGGCGUUGUAGAUAUCAUCAUUUGAAAUAGACUAAACAGCGAACGCGUCGAAAAACCCCUCUUGACGGACUUUGUUAACCCUCAUGAUUGGUGAGCGCUGUCCUGGCCAGGUUCCAUAACUG